UGAAUUCCAUCAGAGAAUUAUUAUAGCUUUCGACAGUAGUGGUUAGAUAAAUAGAUUUAAAAGUGUUUUUUACUUAAAGACAUCACGCUUUACGGUUUUAGACAAAAUGUCUACCGAAGAAACUGUAGAAAAAUUUAAACUUCUAGGAUUAAGUGAGCAAAAGGCUAAAGAAACCUUAAAAAAUGCCAACGUUACUAAGUUUUUACUUGCCUCAUUGGAAGAGGUAGAUAUACAGAAAGUUUCGAAUAGCGCUGGACUAUUGAUUUACCAUCUGGCCACUAAGAUUAAACCGCAAAUUAGCGACAAACUUUCAUUAAUUUGUAAGUACAUUGUAGAUGGUAAAUUUGAUUCUACAUUAAGAGUUGAUGCUGCAUUAGAAUAUUUAUUAAGUCAUGUCAAUGAACCUAAAGUAGAUGUUGAAAAUUUUGAGAGUGCUUGUGGAGUUGGAGUGGUGAUUACACCUGAGCAGGUUGAACAAGCUGUUGAAAAACAUAUGGCUAAAUAUAAAGAAGAACUUAUUCAAAAAAGAUACCGCUUUAAUUCUGGUAUUAUAAUGCAAGCAGUCAGAGCCGAUUUAAAAUGGGCAGAUGGAAAGGCUAUUAAGAAUGAAGUUGAUGUACAGAUUUUAGAUUUAUUAGGUCCAAAAACAGAAGCAGAUUUAGCGCCUAUUCCUAAAACUGAAAAGAAACCUAAAGGUGGGGAUGCUAAUAAAAAGAUUAAGAAGGAAGAAACAGCCAUUAGUAAAGCUUCCGAAGCCCCUGUAACGAGUGGAGAAAUCUCUGGAACACUAACUAUGCCAGAAUUGAUGAAAAAGUUACCUUUUCAUGUUCCUGGAGAAAACUAUAAAAGUGAUGGCUAUGUUGUUACCCCUAACACUAAGCGCCUUUUAGAAGAACAUCUUAAAAUUACAUCUGGUAAAGUUAGAACCAGAUUCCCUCCAGAACCAAAUGGUAUUCUCCACAUUGGUCAUGCUAAAGCCAUUAAUAUCAAUUUCGGAUAUGCAUCAGCCCAUGAUGGUGUGUGUUUUUUAAGAUAUGAUGAUACAAACCCUGAGAAAGAAGAAGAGAAAUUCUUUAUUGGAAUUAAGGAUAUGGUGGAAUGGUUAGGUUAUAAACCUUACAAAAUUACACAUUCAUCUGAUUAUUUUGAUCAGCUUUAUGAAUGGGCUGUUAAGUUGAUCACCAAGGACCUUGCAUAUGUCUGUCAUCAAAAAUCUGAAGAUAUAAAAGGUUUCAACCCACCUCCUUCUCCUUGGAGGAAUCGACCUGUUGAAGAGAGCUUGCAGUUGUUUGAGGAUAUGAAACAUGGAAAAAUUGAUGAAGGUGAGGCUACAUUAAGAAUGAAGAUUACUCUUGAGGAGGGCAAGCAAGAUCCAGUUGCAUAUAGGAUAAAAUUCAAACCACAUCAUCGGACUGGCAACAAAUGGUGUAUCUACCCUACUUACGACUACACUCACUGUCUCUGUGACAGUAUUGAGCAUAUCACUCACUCUUUGUGCACCAAAGAGUUCCAGUCAAGGAGGUCUUCAUAUUAUUGGCUUUGUAAUGCUCUAGACAUAUACUGUCCGGUUCAAUGGGAGUAUGGACGGUUGAACGUGAACUACACAGUUGUGUCUAAAAGGAAAAUUGGAAAACUUAUUGAUGAAGGAAUAGUUAAUGAUUGGGACGACCCCCGGUUGUUCACGCUGACGGCGCUACGCCGGCGCGGGGUGCCGGCCGCGGCCAUCAACGCGUUCUGUGCGGCGCUCGGCGUGACGGGCGCCGUGGGGGCCGUUGACCCCUCCAUGCUGGACGCAGCCGUGCGUGACGUACUCAACGUCUCCGCGCCGAGAGUUAUGGUUGUCCUUGAACCUUUGAAAAUUACGAUUACUAAUUUUGAAAGUGGAAAACCUUUAACGAUACAAGUUCCAGACUUUCCAAAUGAGCCAGAGAAAGGAUCUCAUAGCGUUGUACUAGAUAAGGUUGUAUUCAUCGAAGCGACCGACUUCAAGGAACAGCCGGAAAAGGGCUAUCGGCGACUUACGCCCUCUCAGCCGGUGGGAUUACGACAUGCUGGAUAUGUUUUAAAGGUAUCGAAAAUUAUCAAAGACAGUACGGGUGCAGUUACUGAAUUAGAAUGCACUGCGGAAUCAACUGAAUCGGCAGAUAAACCAAAAGCAUUUAUCCACUGGGUCUCACAGCCAGUCUCUGUCGAAGUUCGGCUUUACGAGCCACUAUUUAAACACAAAAACCCCGAAGACACGAAUGAGGUCCCGGGCGGGUUCCUGUCGGACUGCCGCGCCGACACGCUGCGGGCGGUGCGCGCGUGCGCAGACGCGUCGCUGCGCGGCGCGCGCGUUUACGACAAGUUCCAGUUCGAACGUAUCGGCUUCUUCUCUGUUGACCCGGACACCUCGUCGACGAACAUGGUUUUUAAUAGAACAGUUUCACUUAAAGAAGACGCUGGAAAAUAAAAAUAUAAAUAUACUUUUGUCGAAUGUAUAAGAAAACACCUAAAAUUGUACUUUUAUAUUUAUUUAUGAAAUAAAUACUUUAUAACA